AUGCCAAGCAACGAAGACCUGGGGGAGCACCAGAGGCACCUGGGCCUGCCUGAAGGGCUCAAGGGAGAUGCGGAGGUGUUUGUGAAUCGGUUCACGGGCGAAAUCUUUGAGGACUACAAGACCUACCUCCAGCAGCUCAACCACUACCGUCAGCGCAUAUGGAGCUGCAAAUACACCGGCGCCAGCGGCCUGACGUACGAGGAGGCUGUCAUCAGCGAGCAGCGUGUGGGCCGGGUGGUGGAGCAGUUCCCCAGCCUGUAUGAGGCCGACUCCAUCCGGCUGGUUCACCACUCGGUGGAGACCGCUGAGCAGCUGUGCGGCAGCAUACUGGGCCACCUGUCCAGCCACUUUGUGCAGGACGAGGAGCUGGUUGGCACAAAGGAGGACGGAACCAGCGCACGCUGCAUAGUGCGAGAGGUGGAGCACCCGCAGCGGGCUGCAGCGGCACCCGGCGCCCAUGAGAAUGGCGCGACUGGGCCCAGCAUCCCGGCGGCUGCGGGGGAGGACUCUGAGGCCACCGAGGAUGAGAAGGAGGGAGGCAAGGAGGACGAGGAGGAGGAAGAUGAGGAGGCCGAGCAGCCGCCCGUGGACCCCGAGUCGAUCAUUUAUGUUGUGGAGUGGCUGGGCGAGGGCGGCACGCCCACCGCCGAGCGCGCCAGCCUGUGCCGCACGCAGCUGCAGCGGCCGGAGGACUCACCUCUGGCAGCGCUCACCCAGCCCUUGCUGCAGCAGUGGGUUGAGACGGUCGCGACUGCGGAGCCUGUGGCGGGCGUGGCCGGCAUCAGCUGCCUGUGGCGCGUGGCCGAAUACUGGCGCCGCAAGUACGACCUGCCGGAGCAGCUGCCGCCAAAGAUGGCGGAGCGGCUGCGCCCCGCCCGCCAGAAAGCGCUGCACAAGGUGCCCUCGCUGCAGCAUGCGGCGGCUGGGGGCUCGGAUGACGAGGUGGGGGCGGGCGACGAGGAGGAGGAGGACGAUUACGACCCAGAGGAGGAGGAGGCGGAGCUGUAUCAGGAGGCGGCGGCUGAGAGCGACUUCAGCGACGGCGAGUACGCCCCCAUGCAUGCCAGUGUGGAGGCUCGCUUCAUGCCGGCGCGGGGCCGUGGCAGGGGGCGCGGGCGUGGCAGGGGCCGUGGCCGCUGGGGCGGCCGUGGCGGCGGCGCUUAUACUUACCAGCCCGAGGCCAACCCGGCGGCAGCAGCCUUUGCUGCUGCGGCCGUGGCAGCCGCGAGUGGCAGCUUCGGAGCGGGGCCUGCUGGCAGCAUGGGGCCGCUUGGCUCCCGCAGCAUGCCUGGUUCGGGGCAGCUGGACGGCCUGGACGGGGUUGGCCGCCAGGCGCGGCUUGAGCAGCAGCGGCAGGAGGUGCGGCAGCGGCUGGCCGCCGAGGCAGCAAAGCCCAAGUCGGACCGCAACAACUUCAAGUGCCCCAAGUGCCACAGGGUGGCCCAUGUGGAGCAGUCGCCGCUGCUGCUGUGUGACACCUGCCCCCGCUCCUUCCACCAGGCAUGCCUGGGCCUCAGCGCCGCCGAGCUGCCCUCAGGCGACUGGUGCUGCCCAAAGUGCGUGGACAGCACGCAGGCGGCGCUGCGGCGGGUGAUGGAUGGGGAGAGCCGGCGGCUGGCGGCCAGCGAGCGGGCGGCGGCGCGGGAGCGGGCCGCCGAGGACAAGGCAGCCAAGCGGGCGGUGCUCAUUGACAGAGAUCGGAAGAAGCCGGAUGAUUGGGAUGUGCUGGAGGAGGAGAAGGAGAAUGUGAACCGCCUGGAGAUCAGGCUGCGCGAGCUGCAGGAGCUGGUUGAGCGCAUCCAGCAGCAGCAGGAGGGCGCGCCGGGCCUGCCGCCGCAGCCCGCCUUCAGCGCCGCGGAGCAGGAUGACCUGCGCCUGCGCAUCGCCGAGGCGGCAGAGGCGCUGGGCAAGCUGCAGGUCAUCAUCCAGGGGCCCCCGGAGCACUACCAGGAGCUGGUCAGCGGGGAGCAUGCGCAGGCGAUACUGUGGCAGGGCCUGGUCGCCACCGAGUUCCUGAAGCUGUAUGGCGACGCGUGCGAGGCGCGCGCCAUGGGCCUGCAGGAGCUCUACAUCUCCCUGGCAUGGCCCCUGGACAACCCCGAGCUGGCCAAGCUGCUGCAGCAGCUGCUGCUGUGCUGCCUGCUGGAGCUGCUCAACCACGAGCCGCCAGAGCGGGGGCGCGCCAAGCGCUGGGCCCGCGUCCUCACAGGCGCGCCGCUCAGCCCGCUGUUGCCGCGAUUCCAGGCAGCUCCCAAUGGCGCUUCUCACCUGCCCUGGCUCCUGCUAUCUGCUCUGCCUGCAGAGGGGACGUGGCCAGAGAUCUGCCGCCGCUACCUGCUGUCCACCCGCGCCGGCAAGGCCGCACUCAUCGAAGGCGAGGGCGCCGACGUGAUUGGCAUGGAGGACGACGCGGCGGCGCUGCACCUGGCGCACCUGCUGGAAGGCAGGCCCUGGCACCGCCUGCCGCCCACCGCCCUGCUGCGCCUCCUCAACAUCCUCUGCUACGACAUUGCGCAGGCAGGCCUCUUUGCAUGCAACCCUCCCCCUUGCUGCCUCUGCACAGACGCGGGCUAUGCCCUGCGCAACGACAUCAACAACCGCCUGCAGAACAUCACCCACAUCACAACAGAGCGGUACCGCGAGCACGCCGCCGAGCGGCGCGCCAAGCGUGAGGGCGACUGGGCGCCCGUGUUUGGCAUUGGCAAGAAGCGGGGCGGGCGCGGCGGCGGCAGGAAGGGCGGCGGCGGCAAGCACGCGGAGCCGACUGAAGAGGAGCUGCAGGCGAUGGCGGAGGAGGUGGAGGCGGAGGCGAUGGAGGAGGAGGGCGAUGACGACGCCUCCCGCUUCCGGAUGCAGCGUGAGCUCGCAUACGACGCACGCAUGGAGGAGACUGCAAUGCGCACCGAGCCGCUGGGCCUGGACCGGCACUGCCGCCGCUACUGGUGGCUGCACAGCGACCCCGGCUUUUUGUUUGUGGAGGAUGCCGAUGGGCAGCGCAUCAGCGCCAUCACCUCCAAGCAGCAGCUGGACGAGGUCAUCUCGCGGCUCAACCGGCGCGGCCCUCGCGAGCGCCAGCUGCACCACAACAUACGCAAGAAGUACCAGGCCAUCUGCGCCCGCCUGGCGGUGGAGAGCAAGGCUGUGUACCGGCUGGAGGGCAUCGAGCGGCCCGCGCCGCUGGACCCGCGCGCCGCACAGCCCGCCGUGGAGGAGCUGGCUGGGCGGCUGGAGGCUGCCGCGGCGGGCGAGACGCGCGAGAAGCUGGAGGCGUUCCUGGAGGAGACGCAGCGUGUGGGCGUGGACCUGGAGGGCAGCCUGGGGGCGCUGCGCCAGCGGCUGGCGGGCUGCGGCGACGCCGCCGCGCUCUGCAGCUUCAUGCUGGACCUGGAGGAGGUGUACUGCCACGCGGGAGAGGGGCUGCCCAGGGACGCCGACGAGCCCACCAUGGCGGCGCUGCUGGGCGAGGCGCCUCGGCCGGCGGGCGUCAAGGGCGAGGAGCAGGAUGAUGCGCAGGGAGGGAACAACGCGGCGGCGGCGGCGGAGCCUGCCGGGCCAGCUGGCGAGGGCGUUAAGGCGGAGCCCGGGGUGGGGCCUGGCGAGGGCGGCGGCGCGGCGCCCAUGGACGUGGAUGGAGCAGGCGGGGAGGCUGGUGGGGGCCACCAGCACGCGCAGCAGGGGGAUGGGCAGCAGCCGGGUGCCGGCAUGCUGCAGGCCUCUGGCUCCUCGGCCAUGCUGUUCAAGGAGGAGCCGGCCCCGGGCGAGGAGCGGCAGCCACGCGCGGCGCAGCAGCAGCAGGCGGCAGCGCAGCAGCAGCAGGCGGCAGCGGCGGGCGGGCCCGGGCCCAAGGCCCAGGCUCACAAGCCGCUGCACCCGUCUGUGGCCAAGCUGGCCAAGGCUGACAGCAUGCAGCCCAGCAGCGCGGGUGUCAGCCAGUCGGGGGCGGAUGCGGGCGGCACGGAGACGGAGCCGGGCACCACGGUGGACCAGCAGGGGCCUCAGCCGCUGCGCCCGGUGUCUGCCAACGACGACAUGGACGACUCGGAUGCGGAGCACACCUUCCUGCGGGAGAAGCGCAUGCGGCGGCCGGCGCGGCUGUGGCGCAGCGCGCGCGAGCGCGCCGUCUGGCUACGCAUGGUGCGCGCCGUGCGCAGCGCAGACCAGGCCGCCUACUGCGCCUACAUCAUGUGUGACAGGGCGGGGCCCAUGCUGCAGCGCGUGGUGCAGCUGGCUGAGGAGACAGCCAAGUGGGAGGCGGAGGAGAAGGAGCGGCAGCGGCUGGAGGGCCUGCGCGCCAAGCGCCAGGCCGCGGGCAUGCCCUCCAUGCGCCCGCUCAUGAUUCGCACCGGCAAGGCCAAGACCGAUGACGGCGUCAGGAUUGUGCUCAAGGCGAUGGGCAAGGAGCCGUUCCCCGGCGGCCGCGCCUCCACAUUUGAAACCAUCGCCACCGAUGAGCAGAUUGCCGACUGCCGCUGGGGCUACCAGUGCUCCGUGUGCCUUCUGGCGGGCGACCUGCUGUGCUGCGAGCACCCCGACGGCUGCGUGGUGAGCGUGCACCCGGAGUGCACCGGCAUGGCCUUCCCCUCUGGCUCAUACAUCUGCAUGAACCACGACAGCCGUGAGCUCAAGACGCGCAUCCGCCGCCGCAACUCCGCGCUGGCGGCGCACGACAGCGAGGACACAGAGGACGAGGCGACGGAGGGCGGCGAGGGCCCAGGCGUUGGCGGCGCGGGCAGCGGCGCCGCCAACGCCGACGCCGACAGCGAGGCGACGGUGAGCGAGGAGACGCACUCUCUGGACAGCAGCGCCACCGAGGACGAGGGCACCACCAGCAAGCGUAAGCGCAAGCGGUGA